GAGUACCAUCAGAAGGUGAAGUCAAGUCUUAAAGAACCAGUAUCGCAGUAAAAACGAACCAGUUCGUUUAGUAGGUUAACGUAUUCGCAGAGAUAAAUUUUUAAAAUAAUUUUUCUAAUAUACGUCGGUAUGGGUUGAUAUUUUAUAACGCGGUUUUCGCCUUUUUUUUCUAAAAAAAAAGUUAUCAGUAACGUAAAUUGUUCCUAUAUGUGAUGCGUUUUUUCGCCCUAGUUUUAAAUUUUUUUUCCUAUUUGUAAUGUCUGUGCAGAAUUUUAGUUUACCUUAUUCGUCAGCUGGUUAUUUCGGUGUUCCUGAAACCGCGUCUCCUUCGCCAGUUUAUUAUACCAAUGCGCAACAAAAUGUACCGCCAAAAUUGUUCGGUUUUGAGGAUCGGCAGACGUCGCAGCAAUCUGUUCGAAAGCCGUAUCAGUCAUAUCAGCCGACAUAUACGAGGGUUACCGGCGGGACAGAUCCUCGAAAUGGCAAAACAUCAGUUCACGUCGUCGUCGAUUACGACGAUGAUUUUAACGAUGAUCGACUGCCAACGGUGACGCCGAUUCAAGGGCCGAUUUUUUUAAAGAACGGUAGUGUUCCUGUCGUACCACUGUAUAGUUAUCCAAAAGUCAAUAAUGGCAGUCUUGUACAGAUACCGAUAAUGUGGGCAGCAUUAUCAUUAGCUUUAGGAUACGAAAUUCGUGGAGACAUAAUUCGAGGAGCUCCAUGUAUCAAACGUUACCAUCAAUUAUUUUGUCCAACAGCUGGUAACAGUUACCCAAUAGAACGAAUAGAAAAAUUUAUUGACGAUAAUAAAGCAUUAAUGCGAAGAAUGUACGGAGAAUUUGAAACCAGUAAUGUCGAUUAUGGACCUCAAUUUAAUGAUCCGCAAAGAAACAAACGUACUCGCAAUUACCCACCGCAGCCUCCAUCAGCGACAUAUGGCGGCGAAUCGUAUUUCAGUAGAAUAUUAAAUAAACGUCAAACUUUACCAAAAACUCCGCAAAGUGAAAGCGGCAGAUUGGAUUCCUGUGAAUCAAAAUUAGAAGUAGUUACACCUUACUGGGCUUCCAAUAGUGCUGGUAAAGUAAGAGCUAUUGUAAAUACACAGCAUUUUGAACAAGCAAUACAUCAAGAAGUAUGCUCGAAGAGUGAAACUCCAAGGUGUUCAAACGACUGCCGUUGCGAACAGAAGUACAAAUGGCAUCGUCUAUUGUCAUAUGAUCCAGACAAUGACUGCAAAGGUAUCUUCAUGGAUUGGUUUUUAUUUCCUUCUUGUUGUGUAUGUAGAUGCUCGCCAUUGCCUAAUUAAUACAUAUGUUAGUCUUCUUUCAUAAAUGCUGUAGUUACUUUGAUUAUAAAUUAUUUAGCCUUUUGUAUAAUUGUGUCAUGAUCAGGAUUGUGUAGUAAAUACAUACAUUCAUAAUAUC